AUGUCUCAUGGGUUCAGAAUCCAUGACAAUAAGGAUAGUCUUGAAGUGACCGAUCUUCUUUACAUGGAUGACCUGAAGAUGUACGCUAAUUUAGGCCAGAAACUGCAGCAAAAGCAAGUGUGCCCUUUGGGCACAGGUCAGCGAAGACCUUCUCGAUCUCCUCGAAGUCCAAGAAGUCGAUUUACAGACGUUGAUUGUUUAAAAAAGUAUACCGAACGUCUAGUCGAGGAAAGGAGACUUACAGAAAUAAGUGAUCCCAAUCAAUUAGAUUCUUCAAAAUGGAUACCAUUAUCAAAAAAUGUAAAUCAAUUGAGAUUCUCAAGCCCAAAUCACUCAGGCUUUCCAAUAAGAAAUGAUGGAAGAGACCUGGAUCUUGAAAGGGUCAGAAUUGACUCUACUAGAUGGAUGCCAGUUAGUAACAGAAAAGUUUGUCCAGAAAAUAUGCAACGAUCAAGUCAUGCACAAGUUGAGGACACAAAAUAUGUUAAAUCACCUGUUGGUCGUAGCCUGAGCAAUGAAAGUAAUUUCUCAAGGAUAGAUAAUUAUCAUCGAGAGAGAAGAAAUACGGAAUUUGGAUAUUAUGGAAGGGAAAGUUUUGAUCGACCGAGAUGGUUGCAAUCUGAAAUUUUAACAUCAAGAUAUAUUCCAUCACCGUUGGAUACAAAAUACAGUGAAGCAAGCACCUCGAAACCAAUGUCAAAUAAAUGGAUGACUUUUACGAGAUAUCCAUCACCUUGUCCUAUAGUUAGACGAAAUACAGAAGGAAGACCCUCUACAAGCGAGAGAAGAAGUGAAAUUAAUUGGUCUGAUAAGAGCAAAGAAAAUAUGAAAUCAUUUACGACGAAUGACAAUAGAGCAGUUCAAGCUCCAAACAUAGAUUGUACGAGACUAAGACAGCGAAUUCGAGACCUUUACGAUAUAAAAACCGAAACUGAAUUUCCGAAAAGAUUAAACUAUCCUUUGAGGGAGAAUGCUUGGAUUAGUAAGAGUAGUAGUGAAGAGGAAAAAUACCCCACUAGAUCUGGAAGAAGGAACAGUCAGGAAUUAGAAUUCAAUGACAGAUUUUCGAAAUUCAAUCAUUUGGAAGAGAAACCAGAAGUGAAGUCUAAAAAAAGUACAGAUUCUUCUUUUGCUGACGACUGGGAGGAAAGGCUGAGAAAAUUUCAUGAGAGGCUCAGAUUUAGUGAAGAUUUAGGAAUCGAUCAAAAAAUUCGUGCUAGAGAUAGGAUAACUUCUGAUGAUUAUGAGGAUAUGAGUAGAAGGCAAUCACGUGAGGAAACCUUCGGUAGGGGUAUAAAAAGGAAUUCCGAUGCCAGUUCGAGGUCAAGAGUAAGUUAUGCUGAAGUCGAUUUCAGUGAUCUGAGUAAACGAGGAUCUCGAACGAGCGAUGCAAGUUACGUCAGUAUAAGCACACUCAGCCCAAAAAGAGGAAGCAUCGAAAACAGAAAUGUCAGUAUAAGUACAUACAGAGGAAAAAGUAAAAGUUUUGAGAGCCAAAAUGUUCCUCGAGCAGAAAUAAUUCCUCAAAGAGUUGUUAGCCAAUCAUUAAAAAGAAGACCAAGUGCUCCUGUGCCUCCAAAAGAAAUGGACGCUCCUCUACGUCUCGAAAAACCCUUCAAUCAACUUGGCAGAAAAAAAAUACAAAAUAUAAUUUUUAAGUCACUUAAAUAAUUGUGCUUAAAAUUAAACAAUCAUUGUUUUCUUAGAUAACAUUACCAUUUGCGUCAUCUCAAAAUCGAUUUGU